CACUUCUGUACCUCCAACCACCCCCUAUUUAAGGACAUCUUCAUCCUCAACCACGUCAUCAACAGCAACUUUGAUCAUCUACAAUCACAACAGAAAAGACAAUAUACUUGCGGGAAAAGCUAUUUUUUCGCAACCCGUUUCCUUUCUAUUAACCAGUAUCUCGUGAUAUUACUUUAUUUUCUUUUUUGCUGCUCUCCGCUGCUUUCAUACAUACGUAUUUCCUAUACAUGGCUCUGACCAGAACUUCGUCUCGUCUAGUCUAAUCUAGGAUCCUGGGCUAGUCCAAAGAAGCAAGGAGGCGUCCACCAAUAUCUGAAUGAAAUUGUGGGCUGCCCUGGACUUCCCUCCCGGCAAAGUUUAUCAGGGUCGCGCAUUCUCCAACUUGGUCUGCUCUGUUUGCUACGCGGCGCGUUAAAAAGUCCUCCUGUCUGUCCUCCGCAUCCAAGGCAGCCCGACUCACUUUGUCUUUUUCUCUCGUUUCCGUUGCGCUGCUUGAAAUAGCCAGGCUUAGAGGGCAACACGCGUGUUCACCCCCUAAGUCGCAUAUCACGUGAUCACCACUGAUGACUAUGGCAACACCUCCCCCAGACACUGUUGUCCCGGAGAGAAAGACCCAACCACCGCCCGUUGUUGACCACGUUUCUCUUGAUGCAGAAUUAUUUCAUAGCAAUCCGGUUCUAGAAACGAAAACUGUUACUGUGAGGCUUUCUGAAACCAUGUCUUCUGAGCCACAGGUAAUCGAAGAGCCUACUGCUACAGAUGAAAACAAGCCGCUGCCACCUGCAGUCAAUGGCAAUGGGAUCACCCAACCCCAGCCACUCUCAAACGGGGUGAUUGGCACCACUAAGACUGAUACUGAAGAUUCUUCUUCUCUACUUUCUCCGCUUGAGGUAUCUCUCCCCAACUCCUCUAGUCAAGAUACAGCUACAACUACAUCAACGGAAGGUCUGGUGUCCACGAAGCCUGUAUCGCAGACCUCACCAGGCUUACAUGCAGAUUCGUCAUCCACCCAGCCGGACAAGGAGGCGGCUGUUUUGAAAGCAGAAACGACCGCUGUUAUUACGAAUGAAGCCACGAACGUUGAUGUACUUGCUCAAGUUUCUUCAGAGCCCUCCGAUUUGCAACCGUCCCCUUCCACCAACCCCAGAUCACAGGAUUUUCAAGGAGAAUCAAAACCUUCCUCCGUGGACACAACGACAGAAACUCCUGGCCUAGCAAGCGAAUCUCUCCCACCGACGAGUGCACGUCAGCAGUUGCCACAAAUUCCUCAAACGGAAGAAGCAUCCGCGUCCUUUGAUAUUCCUGCACCUGCCUCUGUUCCUGAAACAGGAGCAAUCCCCUGCCAAACGCACCCUGUCAAAGCUGAACUGUCAUCACCACUCAUCACUCUCUACCCCGGCAGCAACUAG